GUUCCAUAGACAGAUAUGUAAAUCUACACAACUCUGUCAUCAAUCUUAAUCAGAAUAUAGUAAUCAAUGGUAAAUGAAAUGAGGUUAAAGCAUAAUUUGAAUCAUAAUGCCUAGCUAAUCCAUAAGUAAGAAUAUGCCCUGGUCACCAUAACAAUACAAUCCAAACAUGAAUCUAUUUAUAAAUAUAUGUGUAAUGUAAACAACAAGCUAAAGUUUGUAAUCUAAUACAAUCAACUGUUUAAUGAGGAUAGUAUUGUAGUGAACAAGAAUACCAUUGGGGAUGAUCGAAAGUAUCUGAACACAGGUACUACAGAAAAUCUUACUAAAAUCUGAGAAUCAUACAGUAAAUAGUUAAUUUGCAAAAUAUCAAUCCUUUGUUUCAAACUUCACUGUUCCUUUGGAAAAUCUCAGUCAAUCGUCUCAGAUUUCAUUGUUCAUGCAUUUUCAUACCAAUUGCUUUCCAUUCCUGUUCGUUCCUUCUUGAUCUUCUGCUGAAAUACAUUCAAUUUCUGACUAUCGUUUUAUACUACUUAUGUGGAUAUAAGUAGCUCACAUCACAUUAACAUUCAAUUAAAAAAUACAUAAAAUAAAACUUUCAAAUUUAAUGUCAACAUCUUCAAUUGAUUAUUUUGAUUCUAUGAACAAUAUUCCAUCAUAUCAUCCAAUAUUCACUAAAACACCGAAUGUUUCACCAGCCAAUUCAUGUUCUUCACUAAAUUCAUAUGAUUAUACUAAUCCAAUUCAAUAUAGAAAUCAACAGAAUAAACAAUUUCAUUCAAUGUUUAGACAAAAAAAUAAAAAAAUAAUUUGUAAUUUAUUACCGGAUCAAUGGUCAUUUACAAAUAAUAAUAUAAAAUAUGCCAAAGAAAUCAAUCGGUACAAACCAAAUGACAAUCACCAAGAAAAAAGUAAGUGAUGUAUGUAUGUAUGUAUUACUUACUUACUUACUUACUUACGCCUGUUACCCUUCAUGGAGGAGCAUUCACCAUCUAACUCUGUCCAAAUCAAUCCUUUUCAUGUCAGCUUCCAAAUCCUGACGUUGUAUGUUCUUUGGCCUUUCACUUUUCUGUUUCCAUUCAGGAUUCCAGGAUAACAAUUGCCCCGUGAUGCAGUUUGGUGAUUUCCACAAUUUGUAUCCCAUCCACUUUCAUUGGCUUUUCCAAAUUUUCUCUUCAGCUGAAAGUAGGUUUUUUCUCUCCCACAGUAGACUGUUACUGAUGGUUUACGGCCAACGGACAUCUUGAGUAGACAAUUGUUUAUAAAUACUUUUACCUUUCUGACGAUGGUUGCGGUAGUUCUCUUAGUUUCCGCUCCAUACAGUAGAAGUCUUGACGUUUGUAUUGAAGAUUGUGACUUUGAUAUUGGUUGAGAGUUAAUUUGAGUUCCAUAUGUUCUUCAAUUGUAGGAAUGCGGCCCUUGCUUUGCCAAUCAUCACCUUUAUGGUUGCAUAAGAUCCUCCACGUUCAUCGAUGAUGCUGCCCAGAUACGUGAAUGUUUCCACCUGUUCCAGAAUUUCUCUAUCAAGUGGGAUUGUGUUGGUUGGUGUUCUUCGUAUUGUAUUUGAGGAUCUCGCUUUUUCCCUUGUUUAUGUUGAGGCCUACUAUACUGAUGUAUGUAUUGUUCCUCUAUUGUUAAGUAACUAUAGUAACCUGCUUAUGUACUCCUGUUUCCCUUCGAGGAGCAUAAACCGACCACAAGUGUUCUCGAUCGAAACUAACUAAGGGUUGAGGAAAAAUAAAUACUCAACGUAAGCAGUAAUUAGGAAUGCCGUAAACGUAUUGUAUGACAUAGACUUGACUACUUAUUAAGAAUAAUAAGUAGUUUAAACUUUUUAAGCUAUCUUAUUUAUAAAUUUGAAGGUAUGGAAGUUUUGCAUUCAUUCAUUUUGAAGUGUUUUUCAUUUACAAAUGGACUGAGACAUUCAGAUUUGAUUUUGUAUCGAUUACAGCUCUGCUCCUAAUUAAUAAUUAUAAAAACUGAAGAAAUUCCAUAGGAACAUAUAGAAAUUGAACAAGUUCCAUGCUUAGAUUCAAGUAUCUUAUUAUUUCGUAGAACAUGGGUCCAGAAAAAACUCCUCCUGAUUGAGCUUAACUCCAAUCCUAUACAGAUUCCGGUUUGUCAAUAAACAAAGACUUUCGCUGAUUUUUUCCAGUCUAAAGGCAAGUAUAAGAUUAGUUAGACAGU